AUGGGAGAUGCGAACUACCCCAUUGCUACGCCUCCUGCUACGGCAUCCGCCGUGAGCCCUCAGACUGGUUCAGAUUAUACAGAUACACAGGGUGGAAGAAACAUUAUUCCUUCAUAUUCGGGAUCUCAAAGGUUCCAAAAUGAGCAGCCCGGUGUUCCCGCAGAAUCAAACGCUUGGGGAGGCGAUAGUUUGGUGGUGGACGACAUACCGGGUAUUUUUGAAAAGGAGCCGCAGUUGGGUGUUGAGUUCAUCCUCUCCCUUGAAGAAUCCUGCCGAACUCAUAUGGAAUUUCUCUGCAGGCGAGCUGAGGACGACGAGGGCUCCGAGACAAUAUCCGGACACGCCUUAAUGGCAUCCUGCCCGCCCCCGACCCAAAUCGUUUCCACAGAACCGGGUCAAAUGUACCCCGUCCGGACCUACGAUAUACCGUAUCCAAAUCUAGCAAAACUUCUCAAUUUAAGUCGCCAACUUGUCACAGAUGGCCAGAUCACGCCCAUCAUGGCGUUACAAUUUCGAGUUUAUGGACUCGUUCAGCAGCGUGAUAGCGAGGAAGCUGGAGCCUCUCAUGGAUGCUGA